CCGCCGAGGGGCGUGGGCAGUGCGUGGUGACGUCAGAAAGGUCGUGGGUGAGAGGUGAUCGGGACACAUCUUGUUGUCUUUGUAAGAGUGGAGCUCGAUCACGCAGCCGUGUCUUCCCUCUUCCCCGAAUCCUCUCAAAACUCCCUCCCGAACCUCCCGAACCUUCCCCCUCUCACCCUCCGGACCCUCGGACCCUCUCCCCUUCCCGGAGCGCGCGCGUCAGGUUAAUCAUCCGUGACCAAAGAUCCCGAGCUCGACUCAUUGAUCAUCAUGGACUCUGGUGUGAUUGAAGGAGGACUCAACGUCACGCUCACCAUCAGACUGCUCAUGCAUGGCAAAGAAGUGGGCAGCAUCAUCGGGAAGAAAGGUGAAUCGGUGAAGAAGAUGCGAGAGGAGAGCGGUGCGCGGAUCAACAUUUCUGAAGGGAACUGCCCCGAACGCAUCAUCACCCUUGCAGGCCCCACCACCGCCAUCUUCAAAGCCUUCUCCAUGAUCAUCGAGAAGCUAGAGGAGGACAUCAGCAGCUCCAUGUCCAACAGCACGGCCACCUCCAAGCCUCCGGUCACGCUGCGGAUCGUGGUGCCGGCCAGCCAGUGCGGCUCGCUCAUCGGCAAGGGCGGCUGCAAGAUCAAAGAGAUCAGGGAGUCGACAGGAGCUCAGGUACAGGUGGCUGGAGACAUGCUGCCCAACUCCACUGAGAGAGCCAUCACUAUCGCUGGGACCCCGCUGUCCAUCAUCGAGUGUGUCAAACAGAUCUGUGUGGUCAUGCUGGAGUCGCCUCCCAAAGGUGUGACCAUCCCUUACCGACCCAAACCCUCAGGAUCGCCUGUCAUUUUCGCAGGAGGACAGGCAUACGCGGUGCAGGGACAACAUGCCAUUCCUCAGCCUGAUCUCACUAAACUCCACCAGUUGGCGAUGCAGCAGAGCCCGUUCCCUCUGGCCCCCAGCAGUCAAGGGUUCACAGCUGGUAUGGACGCGUCUGCGCAGACAGGCUCUCACGAACUGACCAUUCCAAACGAUUUGAUUGGCUGCAUCAUCGGCCGUCAAGGUGCCAAGAUCAAUGAGAUUCGUCAGAUGUCAGGGGCACAGAUCAAGAUCGCCAACCCAGUGGAGGGAUCGACCGACCGGCAGGUCACCAUCACCGGCUCGCCCGCCAGCAUCAGCCUGGCCGAGUACCUGAUCAACGCACGACUCUCAUCCGAGGCGACAGGAAUGGCGGCGAACUGAUGCUGUCCGCCUCCCACCGGCCCGUUUCUCCUCCUCCAUCACAUUUACGCUCUCUAAGUGCAAAAGGAAACCAAGUAUUUUCAACCUAUCCUUUCCUUUCACCCACCCAAGCUAUGCUUCAUGGAUAUACACAAGUAUUUUAUUUAUUUAUUUCAUGAAAAUGUUUUUAAAAUCCCUUUGCGUACAGUUUUUAAUGUCUUUUUUUCUUUGCGUAUUUUGUCAGUUAACAUUACCAUAUGGAAGCGACAGUGGAGAAAGUGGAAAAAUCUGAAAAUGCAUUAAUAUGUUUUUGUUAUCUCAGAUUUUUCUUAUAAAAACAUAAAAAAUAAAAAAGAGAGCAGCAACUACAAAUGAUAGAUUGACGCUUUCCCUGUACCGAACAUUUAUUUAUUUUAAUUUAACUCUAGGAAGUUACAGAUUUUAAAGUCCUAGAAGUGAGUUUCAGAGGAUGAACUCUAUUUUCUGCAUCAGAUCCAUUGAAUCUGAGGGGUUUCAGGUGACUUCUGUUUUUUUGACAUUUGAAUAUGUGUCAUUCCUCAAUAUUUGUCUUUUUUUUUUUUUUUCUUUAUCCUGAAGUUGGAGGUUUUGUUUGAGGGAGGGUUGGGAGAUGCUGCAGUUUCUGCACACAUGACAUUACUGCUAUAAUAAUGAGUUGAAAAUAUUUCUUUUAGAGAGAAUAUUUUUUUUAACCCUGUGGUUUCGAGGCCAGACUGGAGGAUUCCCAAUUGACAUUUAUAUGAUGAUGAUGAUGAUGCGACUGAGUUACUGAUCAAUUACAUGACUAGAAGGAACUUUCUAGAUUUAACACUAGUUUCCUCUCUACUCUGCUUGAGUAAUAGUUAUGUUUUCUAUUUUAUUUUAUUUUUUUCUAUUUUAUUUUUUUUCUCGCGGGAGGAAGGAAAACCUAAAACCUUUUUGUGCACGUUUUCUGAAUAUUGUAGAUUUUGGAGUGCAGCUGGAAUGAAGAAUUAAACAUGCAAAAUUAAAACAUGAAAUGCUGAAACUAUGAAA